AAAGACAACAAAGAAAAUUUAGCUUUGCGUGUGUUGGAACUUAUUGGAAUCCCAAUUUAUAAUAUUAAAUUAUUCCUUAAAUUAUCCCUGUUACUGACAAAAUAGCCAUGACGACCUUUGAUUCGAAGUAUGACAUGUUUCCUUCCGGCGAUGUGGGAGUGGUGGAAGGUGAGAUGAACAUUCCGAGACAGAACCAGGCACCAGGGGAACCUUUGGAGUUCAACACAUUAGAUGAACCAAUUAAGGAAACAUUUCUCCGAGACCUCAGAGCAGUGGGCAACAAAUUUUACCAUGUUCUUAUUCCUAGAGAGAAAUCCAGUUUACUUAAAGAAUGGGAUCUCUGGGGUCCACUUCUGCUGUGCACACUCAUGGCCACCAUCUUGCAAGGGUCCAAGGAUCGAGGCAGCACAAACGGCGACGGAGGCCCGGAGUUUGCAGAAGUCUUCGUUUUAGUCUGGAUAGGCGCUGCUGUAGUAACUUUGAACUGUAAAUUGCUGGGAGGAAAUAUUUCGUUCUUCCAGUCAGUAUGCGUGCUGGGCUACUGCCUAUUCCCAGUAGCGGUGGCACUGGUAUUAUGCCGCGUGUUACUGUUCGCUCAUCAGACCACUUUCCUGUUCUUCCUGCGGUUGGUCAUAUCGCUGCUCGGCUUCGCGUGGGCGACGUUCGCGGCGAUGAAAUUCCUAGGGGACAGUCAGCCGGAGGGUAAAAAGGCUCUCGCCGUGUAUCCAAUAUGCCUUUUUUACUUCAUCCUUUCGUGGCUUGUCGUCUCCCACACAAAUGUGUAGGCAAACCUUUAAACAUCACACGCACAGUAUUGUGAUACGAACUCUAGUGUAAUUGCUGUGAAUAUACAUAGUGUGUUUAGUUAAGUCAAAGCAUUUUCGACCUUAAUUUAUUGUAAUAAGUGUUCGGUCCGUCAGGUGUUUAUCGACGUUCUAUAAAUUGUAUCAACGUUAUUGUGUUGUAAGACACGAGUGAGCAUUCCAUUCUAAUCGAUUUUAUUGUGAGUAAAUAUUGACAUAUUAUUAUUAUUGCGUAAAAAGGACC